AUGUUCGUCUACGAAGGCCGUCUCGACUGGAAGCCCUACGGCGAUAACGAGACCUUCAUUAUAAUCCUGCCUGACGGUCCAGUCCGCGUUGGUGACACCGCCUAUCUCUUUUCCCAAUGGACAAAAGAUGCUCAGGGCACCAAGAAGGCCAACUUCUUCCAAAAGUCCGCCAUCGAGAAGGUCUCCAAGACUCCCAGCGGCGAUGACACCUUCAUCGCCAAGGCUUCCUACUACAGCUGGGAGAUCACCUCCCACGACAUCUACGGCAAACUCGACGUUGUCAUGUCAAACCCCGCUGGCGCCAAGAGCAACAUGCCGUUCAAGCGUAUCUGGCAGUCUAAGGGAGAGCAGGCCACUGGAGCUGCAAGGAUCUGGACUGGCAAAAUUUCUUGGUCCAAGUAUGCUAAUGACGAGAUGAGUAUUUUCAUCGUCCCCGAGGGAUUCGGUGAUGGAAAGCCUGUUCUUUCGCUUUGGCAGUGGACUCAUGAUGACACUGGUACUGAAAAGUCCCCGUCCUUCCGUGCCGAGUCCCAGAAGAUGCUGUCUGGUGCCGGAAAAGGCGUCAAGUUCUCUUACCAUUCGUACUACGAUAUUACGUGUACUUGGGACGAGACUACGGAGAAGCUUGCUGUCCACAUGAAAGGGCCUGAGGCCAACCAGGAUCUUGGCGAGUACAAUCUCUCUGCUUUGAUUGAUCGCCACUCACAUGACUGGAACCCCCCAGAGUAUUCUCCUCCCGAGAAGACCGAGGUCGAAGUCCGCCUUCCCCAGCCUCAGCCGUCUCUCCCUCGCAUUCUAGGACCCCUUCCUUUCCCCAAGAACCUCAUUGACACUCUGCGACAUACCAUCGCUUUUGCCGAUCAGGCUGGCUACCUCGCCAAGUACGCUGAGGAUCGAUUCAAAGCACUCGAUGCCGACUUCCAUGCUCGAGGCGAACAGCUCAAUGCCGCUACCACAGAGAACAGCGAGCUCAGGAAGGAGAUCAAGAAGCUUAUCGAUGAUCUCAAUGUCGAGAAAGCCAAGACCGCUGAUCUGACCAAGAGACUCGCCAACGCUCAAGCAGCUCAUGCUGCCGAUCUCAAGAAGAGAGAUGAAGACCUUGCGAACGGCAAGAAGCACGAUGAUGAAGACCACAAGACGAUUGACCGACUAGUUUCUCAGCUUGAAUACGAGCGAGCUUCCAAGGCCGAGGUGCAGAAGAAGCUUGACCAGACGACGACUGAUCUCAGAGCCGCCGAGGCUCGUCUCAAGGCUGAAGCCGCCAAGAUCGUUGAUCUCACCGCUCGCAUCGCCACCCUCGAAGCCCAACUCGAAGUUGAGAAGCGAGAAGGCGAUAGACUCCGAGGUGAGAACAAGCAGAAGGACGAGACCAUCGAAAAGCUGGAGAAGGCCAAGAACGAUCUCCAGUGCCAGCUCGAACAGGCACAGGAAGAUGUCAAGGAUCUCGAAGCGCUUGCCAAGAAAAGGAGCAAGACAAUCAGCGAGCAGGCUGACGAGAUCAUAAAGCUCAACAACACCAUCAAGGAGAAGACACUUGCCUUUGACAAUCUGGAGACGGAGUUAAAGGACAAGGCGAAGGAGCUGCGAACUCACAUGCAUGAAGGUCAUGUUACUCCUACUCCUACUCCUACUGCUGCCCCUGAGCCUAAGCUCCGCUUCAAGUGCAACAUUCGAAGUGAGAGCUCUAGCCGCAACAUGAAUGUCUUCUUCGACCUCAACGGCGCAGGUGGCCAGAACCCUCCUGUUCAUGCUAUCUCCGAUGGAUCGUACAAGUGGAACUCCAACCAGAUCUGGGAGAUAUUUUCAGUUCCUGGCUCUAACACGCGGGUCAUCAUCAAGAACGCGGGCAACAGCUUUGUCCUCUUUUCAGCUGGACACGGACAGACUGUCAAGUGCGAGAGAAACCGCGAUGUCUCUGACCUUGCAGCUCAGUGGGAUCUUCAGGGCGCAACAGUCGAGAACGUCACUGACAGCACUCAAGUCCGAUUCCGCAAUGCUAAGGACGAGACGUACCUUGAUCUGUCGGGUGGCAACACUACGAAUGGCACAGCUUUCCUGACCUACAACGGUCAUGGUGGUGCCAACCAGGCUUUCAAGCUCUGGAAGCACUAG